UUUUGAAAUCUAUUUUUCCCUAGUUGAUUGUUAUUACUACACGGUCAGUCAGUUCACGUUAAUGAUUGACCAUUUUGAAUAAACGAUUGUAUGAACAGAAAAGGGUGUAUUUCGCAAGAUGAUCAUCUCACAGCUGGAGCUUGGGCUGCUUGUGCUUCAACCAAAUAAAACAAUUUACUUAAACAGUGGAAUACAAUUCCCUAUGACGUCAUUGACAAGCUGUCUUUCUCUUGUACAACAACAUAUUGACAUCGUUUGACAACACCAGUUGUCCUUGAGGUUCAUUCAAGCAAAUUAAAGGUUUGAAGUCCUCUUUCGUAAGUCUGAAGAGCUUUCUAAGGGACCAUUGCUGUUGAGGCGUGCGUCUGCUCCAAAGAUUUCGUGACUCGUUCAUUACUGCAUUAUAGUGAUCGUAGUUCUCUGUCUCUUUUUGUACAAAACCAACCCUGCUGUUUUCUGUUUUGAUAUGCUUCGCUGCCCUCUUGCGAACGAUAAUGGUAAUUUUUUGGAGUUGCAUUGAAUUUCAAUGAACGACUUCUGUCGGUUCAAAAGGAAAAUAGAUUUGUUGAGAUAAGUGACAAAGAUAACUCACAAGGAACUUAAAAAAAUUGUUAAAAAAGUCUUACAACUAGUGACUCAAUUCAUUUCAAAACUUGUCGCCCAUUUUUCCUCCUUUAGCUUCAUGCUCAAAAAUGUUUUUUCUCUUCGCUCUGACCCCCACGACAGCUUUUUUGCGUCCGUAGAUUAAAGAAGAAGGCGUGCCUCUAAAUUAAUCGAUGUGUUUUUACUUAACUCCAAAGUUACCUACGCUCGUAACUUGUAUAUUUGAGUUGGCAGAGAAUAUCCCACAGAUGAUUAUUUGAUUAAUUCUCAAAACUUUUGACUUUGUUGCAUUCAACAAUACAAUAUAGUAAAAAUAUGCUUCCAUCGUUUUUUCGAAUUUGUUUGUUCAGAACUGGCUCAAGGCUUGGACACGGAUAAAAUCAAUCCUUACAUAGAGAAAUGCUUUGGAUUGAAGAAACCGCUGAUUACCGUAAGUAAACAGACGAUACCAUCACCUAAUAACCUGUCUGAAAUCUUUAAAGUUUUAAACCCUCGUGUACAGUAUGACUUUCUGGAAUCUUAUUGGCUGAUGCAAAAGUGCUUGCAGUUGAUAACGUACAUUUUACAUGCGUUCACGAUUUCCCCCACCCAUCCCCUAACCUCUUUAUUAACCAUGUUUGGUAACUCAACAUAAACUUCAUUUGUAUUGGUCUGUGUAGCGUCUACCUUCUCGUGAUAUUUUAAUUCUCUUUUGUGUUAAUAACUGCAAUAUUGAUAUUGUUAGGUCUUCUUUUGUCCAAUGUUUCUCUUCCCCUCUCUGCUUCUCAUUGCAACAAUCUAUCUUCCUCUUUUUUUUUUUUUAAUUUUGCAAGGUGCUUCGUUUAUUGUGCGCUCAGUGUUUAACAAAUAACGGUUUUAAACCGAAGAUGUUGGAGUUCUACUAUCGGGAAAUCCUACAGGUGAGUUUCUUAGUUUGUCUUUCCACUUGGGUAAAGAAAAAAAAAAUAAAAAUGCACGAUAGAAAAAAAAAAAGAACAAAAAAUGGAAUGCUUUCAAUCAUUACCUUUCUGAAGUUUCCUCUGUAGUCUGCCAAAGCCUGAAGCGCCAUUUCUGUUUUUCCUAGACAUAUGGCUUUGAGCAUACAUACAGGACGCUUUCUACAUUGGAAACUGCUGGCUUGCUAAGAGCGCAGACGCAGCCGUCUCGAUCUUACAAUCAAUUGCGCAAGUCAAUGAAGCUUGUCGUGGAAGAUGUCCAGGAGCAGGUAAAUAGAGAUGGGUAUUUUUAAAUUGGUAUUCUUCAUAUAACAAGGCAUGAAGUGAGGGUUACUAGAGUGUGUCGGUCGAAGGUAUCGCAGCGACUUAUGGGCUAGAGGACAUGUCAAGAAUUGGCCAGUUUGGUGUGGAUAUCAGGAUAUUAAUUUUCUUUAUCACUUUUCAGAACCCAAACGACAUCGCAUACGUCUUUUCAGGAUACGCGCCGCUCACUGUCCGGCUGGCGCAGUUUCUGGCGCGGCCGCAGGGCUGGAGAGGACUUGAAGAGGUAAACAGACGCGUGAUUGUACAAAUUUCUUUGAUUUUAGAAUGCAAUAUGUGGACCAUUGCCAGAGACUAAUCCCUUACGCGGGAUGCCGGAGGAGAGCAAAGAAAAGCGCGUGGAAACAGUCUAUGACGUGCGCGGGAAACGACGCCUAGAGCGUAAGGCUUUUGAAAUUCUAGUUCCAUAAACUUAUUGACCACUAGAGUGACUUAUCCUCUCUGCUUGGCGAGAGCAUGUUUAGUGAUUUGUUCCAUUGACAAUGCUACCCUGUCCUCUUUGACCUGUCUAAUUUGGAAACCGGCGCCGUUUUCGCCUCUAAAGCAGUUCAGUUGCUUUCUAUCUGCAUCGUUUUUUAUCCAUCCUUACUCAGAUAUAUUGUUCGAGCAAACCAUGCUUCGUAGCUAGUAAAAUUGUACGAACUUGCACAUAUAAUCUGUUUGAAUUUUCUUCAGGUCCUUCGGUUGCUCCCAGGCCCCGCAGUGGAAGAAGUCCAACGGCUGCCUCCUGGUCUUCAGAAAAGUAAGAUUCACGCUGAAGUAUUGAAGCUGUCAUUUUAUAUUAGAGUUUUCUGAUCGUUCUGGCACAUUGACAGGUUUAGUUUUUUGUGAGGCGCACACAUUGUUUACUAGGCAGUGGGAACAGACUACUUUUGACACCACUGGAUAUUUGCCCCCUACCACGCUUACGAGUUCAUCCCCUGAAAUUAAACUUUAUCAGUUCACCCCCAAAUAUUCAACUCAUGUCCUUACAACAGAAAACAUUAACUUUCUUUGGUAAGCUGGCCGUAGGGUGAAACCUAUAGAAACCACUUCUUUUACUAAGGUUAACCCUUCAGUUCUAGGACGACUAGAACUCCCAAUUACACUGACGUCAUUUCGGACGUCCACUGGGUUUUGCCUCAAAGGCAGCAGAAAAUAAAAAAGGUGAAUUUUCAUAUGGCCGCCAAAUUGACUAGCCUUGUUAGUGAGGUUACCGAUUUAAAGCCUGGGUGUGAAGAGGGAAAAACGGAAAUUCUGAAUUGGGAAAAUGACAGACUUUUGCAUAGUUGGGUAUAUAUUCUACUCCAUCAGUCACAGAAACGUCUGUAAAUAUGAACAGUUUUAAACUUACAUUUUAUGUUAACGAUGAGUGACACUGACUUAAAAUUUUAAUUAAAAACUAGUUUGGCCAGGAGGGAUACUUAUUAUCGGUAUUAAAUUGUGUUUCCGUCUUUGAUUUAGUGAGGGUCAAAAUUGUUAUUUUCUGUCUUUUAAAAUCUGUUCAGGGCCAUCGACAGGCGUAGACAGUUCCAUGGAUGGUCCACCAAAAGUAACAUUGGUUUUCUUCAUUGGAGGUUGUACACACGCUGAGAUUUCUGCCCUGAGAUUUCUUACUCAGCAGGAAAAUAGUGAGUGUUACUCCUUGUAAAUAAAUGGUUCUAAUUGGUGGAAUAUAAUAUUCGGUUGUGAUGAGCUGUGCGGUCAUUAGAGAGUGCUGCAAGUUAGUUUGUCGUACCUCAGCUUUGAAGGAAGUCUCACGUGUUUUAUGUUUCCGAAAUACAGACUGAAAGUCUCAAAAACCAAAAGUUUGGAAACCAGAAGUAAUAAAAAACGGUUUCACGCCCCUUAUUUCCUCUCCCAUUUCAAGGGUUGAAAUCACCUUAAAGUUUAUACUACAGGACAAUAACUUGUCCAACUAAUGAUUGAGUACUUUUUAUCUCAUGAAAGCAUGAUGGAACUCUGACAACGCAAAAUUUGGGAAGUGAUUCAUGUUUUGGGAGCGAUCGAGAGAAUAAGAAAAAGAUAUACCAACGCAUUCGAGGAUUCGCGUAACUGUCUCGAUUCGCAUUUACUUCUCAAACCCGAACCUUUGCCGCAUUUACUCACAUUGAGUUAUUCUCUCUGCCCCAGGCUCAACAGAGUAUCUAGUGGCAACAACCAAGAUUAUCAACGGCACGUCGCUAAUCGAAUCCAUCAUGGAGGAAGGCGCCCCUGUUGAGGCAAACCCAUUUUCAUAAUUUUUAGAAUGCUCUUGAUGAGAACUUGUUCACGAACGUCUGUGAAUUUAUCCUUCUCCGCUUGUGUUUGUGAGAGAGUAAGUGAUCACGCGUGUUUUGGCUGUUUCGCGAUGUGCAAUCUCGGUUUAGUCUUCGCGUAAUUUUGGUGGUGUCUUCGCUUUUGAAUCGAGAUUUACGCUCUUGAUUAUCUUUUUACAGAGACACUUUUCUCGUCAGCAUAAGAAAAAUCUAUUGUAUAAUUUCAAAUAUUCAACAAAUUUAAAAUAUAUACAAAUUGAGAAUCUUUUUUGGAGCAUAUCCAGAACAUGAAAUAGG